ACGGAUUUGAUCAACUGACUCCAUUAACGGAAAUGAACUGUUUGUCUAUGGGACAAUUCAUUUCACAGGGUUUAAACUGAAUCGGAUUUUUAAUUUGCUCCUGUUAUAGAUUUACAAUGGAAGCCGGCGUUUUCAAGGAGGAAGUAUACUUGAAAGAAAGUAUUUCGAUAGAGGAUCAAGUUACAAAAAACGAGUCAAAAGUUGAGUUGCAUGGCCCCGAAGAUUAUCUUCUAGAUGGGACCUUAAGAAGGCCUCAUAUGGAAUGGUGGAGAACAGUCUUUUUAAUUCUCGGAGAUAUACUUGGAACGGGGAUAUUGGCAAUACCCUCUGGGAUGGCAUCCAUGGGCUGGUUAUUGGGUACACUUUUUCUAGUGGUAAUGUGUGGAAUAUUUAUCUACUGUGGUCUUUUGUUAUACAAGAUGAGACUCAUGUUUCCUCAUAUUCGAACUUAUGGAGACUUGGGAAGGCAAGUUUACGGUAAAUGGGGAGAAUGGGCUGUAUAUCUUAUUCAGUACACAAGUUUGUUUCUUGUAUUACCGGUUUAUUUGCUCGUUGCAUCCACUGCUCUUCGAGAUACUGUAUCUCCAAAUUCAUGUCUGAUUAUAUGGAUGUUCGUAAAUUCAGGAAUACUUAUUCUGUUUAUGCAGACCAGAACACUUCGCUUUAUGGCCUGGUAUUCCUUAGUUGGAACAAUUGCUAUCUGUGUUACACUAGUCAUUGCUAUAGUUCAAAUUAUAAUCGAUGCUUUUUCUAGUAAUACUCACGGGCAACUGAUAAGUUCUGGAGGCUUUGAAAAUGGUCUCGUCGGUUCUGGAGAUAUCAUUUUCGCCUAUUCCGGCAUUUAUGUCUUCAUUGAAUUCAUGGAUGAAAUGAAACAGCCACAAGAUUUUUCCAAGGCUAUUUACACGGCGAACAUUUUCACUUUUUUUCGCUUACACCAUCGUUGGAAUACUUGGUUACGCGUGAAAAGAAUAGCAAAUGGCUUCUUAUGGCUUCACGUUUUGGUGGCUUUUGUUGUACAUGCAUUGGUAUUUAACAGAGCGGUAGCUGUUCGCUUUUGUAAAAAAUAUGUGGACGAUUUUCAUCUCAAAGGACUGCUGGCUUGGUUCACAGUGACAUUCGUGUCCACAGGCCUUUCUUUGUUGCUCAACAUCUUCUUUCCCUAUUUGAGUGACAUUGAGUCUCUCGGAGGAACUUUGUUUUCACCAAUUACUGGCUUCUUGUAUCCCAACUUGUUCUAUUGGAAAUGCACGGGUUCCACGAUGAGCACGAAAAGGAAGCUAUUUGGCUGGUUUAUACUGGCUGUAUUUGGCAUUGGAUAUACUAUACUGGGAACUUAUGGCACAAUAUAUUCCAUGGUUCAAAAUGUCGGUGCUUCACCUCUACUGUACAAAUGCCUUUCGUCAUAGCCAUUUCUCAUGAAUUUUUUCACGGUCAAUGCAAGUUCUUUCUCUUACGCUUGAUUUGUCUGGUUGUGUUGUUUGAUAAAGAAAUGUGAGAAGAA